AUGCAGCAGACAUCGCCACGGAAAAGACCUCACCCUAGAUAUGCAGGGCCUACACGCUUUGCUAAAAAGUAUGGCCAGCCUAAAGGAGGUGUUCAUUCCAUCCUGGAGGAUUAUCUGCCCGAAGUAAAAAGUGAUCUCACACCAGUAACUCCAGCACAAUUUCUGGAUAAUCAGGCUCAGCGUGAUGUUGCAGAGGAUCUCGAGUUGUAUCAAAGGAUGAGGUUCUGUGGCUUCACUGCCGCAGAGCUGGAAUCAGUUCUAGCUUUGGCAGAUUCCUACGAAACCACGAGUCGACGCAUGGAUUGGGGAAAGAAUCUUGACAAUGUACCUAUUCAUCCCAUAUGGGAUCGAAAAAACUGGCAGUAUGAGCUGCCGCGACAUUUUGCUCCAUAUCCAUUCGGAUAUGGUAAUGAAUAUUGGGAGGCAAGUCAUUUACUACUAUCUAGUGUGUGGCAUGCAAUGGAACCUGCGUUGCAGCUUACAUCAAGUAUCAUUGCGAACGUACAUACUUGGGAAUGGUUUAACUCGUUAUUAAAAGGUCCCUGGGAAAAGGUUCCGGAAAUGGAGAUUCCACUCAACUUGGAGCAUGAUCUGUUUCGUUUCUUUUCCCAGCAGGACAGAAGAGACUCAGAACUUAAAGUAGACACUCGAGAAUUCUUUCAAGAAGUGUCGGAGAGAACUUAUUUUGGACUUCAAGGGGGCAAGUGCGGUCCUCGCGCAAUGCCUAAAGGUUACUCAUUUUCAGCUGGCAUAACCUCGUGGUGGCCACGUCGAGGUAUCCCAGGCAGUCAGCCCGUUCCCAGUGCCUCACUUGUACUUAUCGCGUAUGAUUUGGUCGAGCCCUUGUUGAAUCCAACAGCCUUGCCAGAGGACAGAUCCUUGGACACAUUCCGCCUUGCAGCAACCAUCCUGCAUGAGACUGCGCAUGCUAUGGGCACUCAAAUGACGAGAAGAAACAAGAGGUUUCGAGAUUGGGCCAUAGUCGAGCCUUACUUUGAGAAUGAGCCUAUUCCAGAACUGCAAGUCAACUACCAUCGUUCGUAUUUGACCGAGAAGCUAACCGAUGUAGAGGUUUCUCCGCAGAAAAUCAGGUUCGGCUCCAAAGCGGCACACAUGGGUCCCAAGAUAGUAGGUAUGUCCCAAAUACAACCUGAUCGCACUGCGCCCCUUAUAGGGAAGGUUCUUAAACACAAUGUCCCGGUCUCCACCGAUAGCCCGGGACGCUUUUCAAGAUCAAACACCAAAAUCGCACAUUCGUUUGAACUCGAGAAAAGAAGAAUGAUCAGAAUAAUUUCGAAAGCAUCAGAAAAUGUUCACCCCAGUGUAAAAGCUACGGUUUGGGGUAGUGGAGACCGUCAACCCUACAUAAGUCCCGACGAUAGAGCUGAUCCCGUGCGAAUGGACUGUCCUAGAUAUGAUGAGAUCAGAGGGUAUUUGGAGAGAAACAAAUUCGCACUCGCUAUACAUACAAUGGACUUUAACAUACCCGCACAUCUGUUCAGGAGCUAUAUCGUUCGUCACGGAGGAAUUAAUCUUACCAAUGGGGAAUGGAAAACCUUCCUCCUCGUGGCAAAUACGAGAAAUGAGCUAUUUCUUCAUUCCGGGUAUGGAGUGAUUAGAGUUAAUCCUGCGGGCUGGAUGCAGACACGACCCCCGCAGACGACAACUUUCUGGCGAAAACCCAUACCGCCAGAGAAAAAGUUAGCAGAAAUAUUUGACUUAAUCUGUCGACUAUCUCUACCUAAACUAGAUCUGGCAGAAGAAACUAAAAAUACUGACAUGGAAUAUCUCAAGCUUGAGUCUUCUAGCCAUCCUAAGAUGCCUGGUGGGUUUUCUUUCGACUCGGCUGGAGAUGUACUAUUUGAGGCGUGUGUUUACUAUUCCGAGUUUUUUGUAGAUGCCCCGCUCGGUCAGGGUAUCGUCAGGAGAGCAGAUGUUAAUGCGCCAAUCCCCCGAGCACUCACGAGACAGAAGAGUGUGCACGAAAUUAUGACUGAGAAAGAAUCUAUGAGACUGGGUCCGAAGGAUAUACUCGAGGCCCCGAUACCACAGGGAACUGAUAAUGAACGGGUUCUUCCUCCACCGGAACCACCCCGCCCUAUACAAGGAAGGUUUGGAGCCGGGUGGCAAAAGCCUACUGGGACUGUGACUGGAACUGGAGUUGGGGGUCAACCGGCGACGACUUAUAAACCGUACCGAGGUCCAGGAGUGGAUGAUAGUCAGCCUUCAUCGCCGGUACCUGCGGCUGGCCCUGCUGAUCCAACGACAGCUUUUGAGGACCAGUUUGGGAGACUAGGCUGGGGAGUUCCUUCUGGAGAGGGAGUGAAGCCGACGACAACUUAUCAAUCUUAUCGUCCCGGUGCUCAGCCUAUGCCGACUUAUAAACCGUAUCAGAAGCCGGAAGGGAGUUGA